UGCUUUCCUUCUUCCACCGUGAGAUACUCUUCAAGUUACUCUAUCAAUCAAGUGUUAGAGCUCACUAACUUCUGAUCUGCAAAGCUCAAAACACCAACUUUUUCCUAUAUCUUCCUUAGGCUCUCUCUCUAUCUGUCUCUUAGAAGCUUUGUAUCGAGUAUCAUGGCACCUCAUGGAGAGGCUAUUGCUAGCCCUUACAGCAGGAGCAACAACUUCUCCAAGCCGCCAAGGCUCUCUUCGGCUAGCCUUCAACGAACGGUAUCAGAUAUUUCAUUCGAACUUAGCAAGGAAGCGAUUGAUUUAGAAGCAGUACUCCCUCCAAUUUCCGAGGUUGAAGAUGCAAAAUGCGAAUGCUGUGGCAUGUGCGAGGAGUGCACGCCGGAGUACAUUGACAAGGUGCGCAACAAGUUCUUCGGAAAGUGGAUAUGUGGGCUUUGUGCCGAGGCAGUGAAGGAAGAGGUGGAGAAAAAUGGAGGGAAGAGAGAGGAGGCUUUGGGUUCACAUAUGAGUGCAUGUGUUAGGUUUAACAAAUUUGGAAGGGCUUAUCCAGUUUUGUUCCAAGCUGAGGCCAUGAGGGAGAUGUUGAAGAAAAGCAAAUUGGAAGGGAGAGGCGUGAGAGCCAAGUCUAUUAGUCCUAGGGACAAAGGAGCUGGGCAAAAGAAGGGUGGGAUCGCUCGGAGUUCAAGUUGCAUUUCGGCAAUUACGAGGGAGAUGAAUGAUCUCACCAUGGCCAAGUGAGUCACCAGCAAGCUUUUAUACAUCUCUAUGGAAGGACAUGCACGAUUCUAUCUAUACUACUUAUGAGCAUGUAAUUCCCUCCUCUUUAUUUUGCCAAAAAGUAUAUUUCGUUCUCCCUCCAAACCUUUUCACUAAAGCCCUAGCUAAUAUUAGGAUUUUGCCUAGAAGAUCCUAAUGUCUUCCCUUAUUUCCUAAGUAUGUUCUUUGAUCAUAUAUAUAUAUAUAUAUAUAUAUAUAUAUAUAUAUAUAUAUAUAUAUAAAUAUAGUUUUUGUGGACCAA